GUGGCAGAUCCCUGUGCCGUCCGGACAGGCUGCACUCUGCCGGCUCUCUGAUCCACCCACACGCGUGAUGUGAAUGGCUUCCUGGAGAGGACAUCCCCACAGAAGCUCCAUGAGCAGCAGGCUUAGUUUCUUUGAGGUGGAAAUUCGAGACUAUAAAACAAAGAAACAGUUGUGUUUUCUGGACAAGGUAGAACCCCAUGUAACGAUUAAUGAUAUAAAGUUGAUGUUUCAUAAAUGUUAUCCUCAGUGGUAUCCAGCAAGACAAUCAAUACGGCUGGACCCUAAGGGUAGAUCUUUAAAGGACGAAGAAAUGUUACAAGAACUUCCGGUUGGCACCACUGCAGUCUUAUAUUUUAAAGAUCUUGGCCCUCACGUUGGAUGGACUAUGAUAUUUCUUACAGAAUACACAGGUCCACUUUUUGUAUACUUUCUUUUUUACUUCCGCAUGCCUUUUUUCUACGGAUUGGCCAAAGCCUUCACAUCAAGUCCACAUUCAGUAGUUCAUUUGGCAUGCUGCUGCCAUUCUUUCCACUAUAUCAAAAAGCUCAUUGAGACAAUAUUUGUUCAUCGUUUUUCCUAUGGGACCAUGCCACUAAGAAGCAUCAUUAAGAACUGUGUCUAUUAUUGGGGAUUUGCAGCGUGGCUUGCAUAUUACAUCAAUCAUCCCUUGUAUACACCACCUUCUUUUGGAAAGAAGCAGGUUGGCUUGUCCAUGAUCAUGUUUUUGAUGUGUGAAACGGGUAACUUCUCCAUCCAUGUCGCGCUCAAUAAUUUGAGACCAGAUGGUUCGAAGACACGGAGAUUCCCUUUCCCAACAAGGAAUCCCUUUACCUGGCUUUUUAUCUUUGUUUCGUGCCCCAACUAUACAUAUGAGGUUGGAUGUUGGAUCAGUUUCACAGUAAUGACCCAAUGUGUACCAGUUGGGGUGUAUACCUUAAUUAGUUUUAUUCAGAUGACUAUUUGGGCAAAGGAUAAACAUCACAGAUACGUAAAGGAUUUCAAGGAUUAUCCAAAAUUCCGAAUGGCAAUCAUCCCGCUUCUUCUGUGAAAUUAGUGCCCAACAGUUACAGGGCCGUAAAAGAAGCAUUUUGAAAUUAUUUAUAUUGAUUUUUUUCUGAAGAAAAAGAAAA